ACGGCAGCUUUCAGUGGGCGUAUCCGGAUAUUCUUGUUUUGCAACUGUUAAGCGGGCGUUCCUCAAACAUUACAUUACUAUAAGAUUAUAUAUUGUACAAACUCAAAGUCACUUGUAGCUUUCUUGGCAGUGUACAGUCCGUGAAGCGCCGGAGUAGAAAAAUGGCAAACAUCGACCUCGCUAAAGUUGGAAAGAACUUAUUGAAGAGCGGUGAAACUGGAGAGAAUGUGGAGAUGCAGUCUCUGUGGCAGUACCAGCCCGCAGUCCUGUUCUUCUUGCGCAGGUUUGGCUGUCAGGUGUGUCGAUGGAUGGCAUCAGAGGUCAGCAAACUGGAGCCGGACUUAAGAGCCAGUGGGGUGGCCCUGGUAGGAGUUGGACCGGAAGAGUUGGGGUUGAAGGAAUUUAAGGAAGGAGGGUUUUUCAAAGGCUCAAUUUACAUCGAUGAACAAAAGAAAACUUACAAGGAUUUGGGCUUCAAAAGGUACACAGCCAUUAGUGUGGUUCCUGCAGCCAUGGCGAAGAAAGUACGAGAAGCAGCUGGAAAGGCCAAAGCUGCUGGCAUCCAGGGAAACUUCUCCGGAGACUUACUCCAGAGUGGAGGCCUGCUCAUUGUGGCUAAAGGUGGAGAGAAGGUCCUGCUGCACUUCGUCCAGGAUUCACCAGGAGACCAUGUACCACUAGAGGAUAUUUCCAAGAUUUUGGACAUCUCCACCGAAGUAAAAGCAGGAGAAAGGCCAGUGUGCAAUGAUGAUGUCUGUACUCGAUGAAGACAGAGCUGCCUAUCAGACCCCUCAUCAGGCUCAAAUGGAAACUUCAAUUAAAGUGAACCUAUGAAUGUCUGCUGAAACUCCUAAUUGCUUGAAAUCUCUUUAUAAUGGUUAUAUAUUAUGUUAUUUAAUUAUGUAAUUUGUAAGCAACGGAGACACUCCACUACCACCAUUACCUUUUAAUUGCCAUAAAUCACAAUGAUUGUUUUUUACAGGCUUUUUAUGAUUUUGCUCACAGUCUUAACAUUAAAUUAACUAUUUUGUAUGUAUCUUAUAUUAAUAAAAUUUUAAACUAG